AUGAAGGAGGCGCGACUGAGAUGGUUUGGUCACGUCUUGCGGCGAGAGGAAGAUUCUGUUGCCAAAACCGCUCUGAAGCUCGACGUUUCAGGAGUGAGGCCGCGUGGGAGGCCAAAGAUUCGCUGGUUGGACCAUGUGAAGCUGGAUAUGAUAGAUCACGUUUAUGUACGGCUGAUGCAAUGGAUAGAACCAAAUGGAAGACAAGAAGCACAAAGGCGGACCCUGCAACAACGCAGGACAAACGCUAGGAAGAAGAAGACUAGGACACUUUUGAGUCCACAAGUUCAGAAUUCCAUGAGAUGGACUUCUGUAUAG